UCAAACGACUGCCCAAAUCUAUUCACAUAUACCCUGAAUUAUUACAUUGGCAAUACCAGAAAUUAUAAAUAAUGCCUCAUUCUCCGUCAAGCUCUACGCACUCAGAGCAUAACCCUGCCGACCCGACAAGGUCUGCGCCUUUAUCCCCGACGACUACCAUGACAUCUACAGACGACGCCGACGACACGGCAGUCCCAGUCCAGAACAACGAGAACUCUUUAGACGAUAUAUUCGGCUCCUCGCCGCCCGCCGAUAACCACAUCACUGCGCAAAUCACAACCAGCAACACCAACACACAAGACUACGCACAGAAUACAGCAGAGCUUUCGGAUCUUCCCGCCCUUCGUCGCCAGCACGUCACUGCGGGGUAUCGGGAUGGCAUCGCAGCGUCCAAAUCAGAGCAUGUGCAAGAAGGGUUCGAUGGCGGGUAUCCUGUCGGCGCGCAGUUUGGACUCAGGGCGGGCACAGUAUUAGGGUUAUUGGAGGGGGUGAUCAAGGGGUUGCAGGGGAAAGACUCGACGGGGCCGGUUGUUAAAAAGGGGUCGACAUUGGGUGCGAAAAAGGGGGCAGAUAUAAUAGAGCUAGGAAAGGAGAAGGAGGUAAGACGGGAGCGGAUUGAAAGGAUAAAAAAACUCUACAAUACCGCAGUCAAGGAGUUGGAUGUUGAAGCACUCUUUGGGGGUUUGACGGCAGAAGGGGAGGGAGAAGGGGGGAUGACGGAAGAACAAAAACCUGAGAAUCGACUGAGAAACAAGGCAGAGCCUGUCGUAGCAAAGUGGGAGAAGUUGGUGGGCGUGACAAGUUGGGAAGAGAAUAUGGAGGCGUUGGAAAUGGAGGAGCAUACGAGUUGAAACGAGCCAACUCAAAUUUCAGUUCCCACGAAUUUUGAUAUCAGCCCUCGUCUCCAGCCCUCUUCUCCAGCCCUUUUUGGUG